AUGAUGGUCCAAAGUCAGAAAGGUGGUGGAAUGGCAGAAUUGAAAUCAAUCACAGGAGAUGCCCCAUAUGAUGGAGUGGGAAAUGCACCAGCCCCGAUUCCACAGCCAAUGGGAUUCUGGGGAAGACCAAGAUAUUCUCCACCUGGUGCAGGAUUUGAUGUUCCAUACGGUGGCCCAAUGAUGGGUGGAGGUGGUCCGUUCCCAUAUUCUCCAUACAACAGAUUCACCAGCAUGUCAAGCAGUCCAUACGGUUUGGGUACGUGGUACAACAACUUCCAGUGA